AUGCAUACGGAUAAGACUAUCAUGGAACCACUCUUAGAUAGGAACGAUCCUGACAGUUAGAAUAGAUCAAUCAACUAUUCUCCUGAUUCAAGAAGACAAACAAUACAAAACUAGAACAGCCCUCAAUCAUCUGAGGAAAGAAAAUAUAUUCAUCAUAAUUCAAUGACAAUAGAAGACCCGACUAUCAGAUAGGUCUAGGUAUUUCCAAAUCUAGAAGAGUAUACACCAGAAUAUCUUCGACAUCACUAAAGAUACAGAGAUAACUCAGUUAAAACUUCAAAGUACACCUUCUUUACUUUUUUGCCUAAGAAUCUUUUGGAGUAAUUCUCAAAACUUGCAAACGUCUACUUUUUACUCAUCGCUUUCAUGCAAAUGAUUCCUAUAAUUUCCAUCUCUGGAGGCAAACCAGUCAUGUUGAUGCCACUAGCAUUCGUCAUCAUUGUAUCUAUGAUCAAAGAUAUCUUUGAAGACUAUAAGAGACACAAAUCAGAUAAAGCUGAGAAUUUCAAGCAAGUUGAAGUUUUUGAUCAAGUAACUAAAACUUUCAAAUUACAGCAUUGGAAAUCACUUAAGGUGGGAAUGGUAGUUAAAGUCAAACAAGAUUAGUUCUUCCCAGCUGAUCUUGUUCUCCUAAAGAGUUCAGAAUCUAAAGGUGUCUGUUAUGUUGAGACAAAAAACCUUGAUGGUGAGACCAACCUAAAGCACAAGAUUGCUGAUAAAGCUCUGAAUAAAAAGUUCGAAGAUUCUAAUGCUGUCUAGACUUUUAGAUGCGGCCUGGUCUGUGAGGAGGCUAAUGACUUGAUAUAUAAAUUUGAAGGCACAAUAUUCUUUGGAGCUGACAAGAGAAAAUCACUAAGCAGUGAGAAUAUUGUCCUUAGAGGAAGUAGUUUGAAAAAUACUGAGUUUGUGAUCGGCUUCAUUGUUUAUGCUGGUCAUUAAACUAAAAUUAUGAUGAACUCUACUGGAGCCAAGUUCAAGAUGUCUAGAAUUGAGAGAGAAACAAAUAAGCAAAUCCUUAUCGUUUUUAUAGUCUAAGUGAUUUGCUGCUUUAUCGGUGCGAUCAUUGGAACUAUCUAUUAGCUAGAUCUUGUUGAAGACCAGUAUCUGGGUCUGUAAUUAGAUGCAAGCACAUGGCCUAUUCUGGUUUAAAUCAUUAAGCAAACUGGUACCUGGAUUCUCAUUUUCACCAACUUUGUACCGAUCUCUCUUCUAGUUACUCUAGAAGUAGUCAAAUUCCUUCAAGCCAUUUUCAUCUCCUGGGAUGCCAAUAUGAUUGAUGACGAAUAGAUGUAGCAAGCUGGAGUGCAAGCUUCUAAUUUGAAUGAAGAGCUCGGCUAGAUUGAAUACCUCUUCUCAGAUAAAACUGGCACAUUAACUCAAAAUAUCAUGGAAUUUAAAAAAUUCUCCGCUGGUAACUUCUCCUAUGGAAUGUCUAAUCCAACUAACCCUGAGGCUAAAUCCAUUGAAAAUGUGAAUUUCCAAGAUGAAACUUUCUGGGAUCACUACAAUAACAAAACAUCAGUAAACUACGAAGACAUUGAAAAGGUUGUCCUCCAUCUAGCUCUCUGUCACACUAUCAUUCUUGAUGAAAGGACAGGUAAAUACAACGCUUCAUCACCAGAUGAACUGGCCUUAGUAAAUGCUGCUAAGUUCUUUGGAGCAGUCUUUAAAAAGAGAGAUGAGGAAAAUUACAUGAUUGUUGACUUCAGAGGCCAAAUUCUAAAGUACAAGCUACUUAACAUCUUGGAAUUCAACAGCACUAGAAAAAGAAUGAGUGUUAUCGUUUAAGAUUCUAAUGGGAGAAUUCUCUUACUUUGUAAAGGUGCUGAUUCUAUUAUUCUACCUAGACUUAACCCUGCUACUAGUCCUACCUUGAGCACUACUCAAGGAUUUGUUGAUCAAUAUGCUGAGGAGGGGCUUAGAACUUUAUUGCUUGCUUAGAAAUAUCUAAACGAAAACGAAUACAAUCAAUGGAACCAACUCUUUGAAGGUGCAAUGGCAUCAGUUAGUGAUAGAGAUCAGAAACUAGCUGAAAUUAAUGAACAAAUUGAGAAACAAAUGGACUUGAUUGGUUCAACUGCUAUUGAAGAUAAACUUUAAGAUGGAGUUAAUGAAACAAUCAGAUUUAUGAGAGAUGCUGGUAUUAAGGUUUGGGUUUUAACCGGAGAUAAAGUUGAAACUGCAAUUAAUAUUGGCUACUCAUCAGGACUACUUGAUAAUAAUAUGGACUAAUAUUAAAUAACUGAGACUAAUGUUAGAGACUUGAAUGUGGUAAUCAGCAACUCAAUUGGAUAAGCCAAAGCAAUCUCCUCGCUCAUUUACAAGAAAGCUUUGAUAGUAGCUGGUGAUUCAUUAAAUAUAAUAUUCAAGGAGGACCCACUAAAGAAAAUAUUCCUCGAAUUAUCUGAUUUGGUAGAUGUUGUUCUAGCUUGCAGAGUUUCACCUAAGUAAAAGGCAGAUAUUGUGGCUGUUAUCAGAGAAAGAUUCCCUCUAAAAACUACUCUAUCUAUCGGAGACGGUGCAAAUGACGUCAAUAUGAUCACCACUGCUCAUGUAGGUGUUGGUAUUUCAGGUCUAGAGGGUUAGCAAGCUGCUAGAAGUGCAGAUUUUGUUAUAUCACAAUUCAGAUUCCUAAAGCCACUAUUAUUCGUUCAUGGACGUGAGGCUUAUAGAAGAAAUGCUUUCUUAGUCUGUUACAAUUUCUACAAGAAUGCUUUAUUCGUUCUUCCACAAUACUGGUUUGGAUUUUUCUCUGCUUUCUCAGGUUAAACAUUAUAUGAGGCAUUCAUCUAUCAACUAUACAAUAUCAUGUUCAGUUCAGUUCCUAUCGUCUGGUAUGCCAUCUUUGACUUCCAACAUACUAAGGAAUACUUCUUAACUACCCCUAAGUCCUACGAUAUCGGACUUAAGAAUAAAUGCUUCGGAACUAGAGUUUUCUGGCUAUGGUUUGCUAACGGAGCAUUCUCAGCAGCUGUUGUUCUAUUUGUUGGUCUAUAUGCAAUGGAAGUAAGUUUAGAUGAAGAAGGAAAGACUAAUGGUCUUUAUAUUUCAGGAUCAGUUGUAUAUGCUGGAGUGGUUAUUAUUGCUAAUAUGAAGAUUUUGAAUUCUUUGAACAUUUUCGGCUUCUGGUGUGAACUUCUUGUUUUCCUCAGCAUACUUGUAUACUUCCUUGUUUUGCUUAUUGAAAGUCAAAUCAUUUCAUUCCCAGAAAUCUUUGGACUUUUUGGACCAAUAAUGGGUCAGCCAGUAACAUACUUCUCUUUACUAUUUAUGUUAUUCCUUACCUCAACAGUGGACAAGAUCACUACCUACGUUACCUAUUAAAUAAUCAAUUACAAAGACAAUAAGGAAGAACUUAAAAUGUUGAAAGAGAAGAGUUUCUAUGAAAAGAUUCCAGUCCCAACUAGGUCAUCCACCAUGAGAAGAAAUGGCUAUGCCUUCGCUCAAGAAGAUCACGCCACUCCUCAACUAAUGGAAAAACUUCAAUCUGGACUUAGGAAAAAAUUGCUCUAAGCAAAAACAGAUCAAUAGAUACAGGAUGAAUGA